CCUAAUCCAGGACCAAGUCAUUACAAUGAGGAAGGAGGGAUUUACUGUUUGCAGUUUGAACUUCACUGGUACUCAUGGCUCAACUUAUACAGAUGCGGAUUGCGAGAACGAUGAGGAACAGGAUCAUGAAUAUGUUGAAAUUGAUGUUCCAUUUGAGCAACUGGAGAGAGGAGACUUUUGCAUAAUUUAUUGUCAUCCAGAGUCGACUUCUUAGGUCUCAACUGUACCAAGAGAUCAUUUGUGCAGUAGUCAUAGAUGAAGUCCAUAUGGUUUCAGAAUGGGGAGAAGAAUUCCGUCCUGCAUUCCAGAAGCUUGGGGAGUUAAUGUGCAUUCUAGAGAAAGCUUUGCAUUUAAUUCUCACAGCAACUGCUACACCGAAAUCAAUUGCAAGUCUAUCUAAACAGCUGAAUUUGAAAAAUCCACUUGUUAUCAGUGAGAAUGUGGACCGUCCAAAGAUAUUUAUAGACAUUAGAACCAGAUUGCCAAACUUUCAUAAAUUUGACAAAUUUGAUGACUUGAUACAACCAGUGGCAACAGAAUUGCUGGAAAAAGGAGUUCAUUUUCCAGUAACCAUAAUGUAUGUGGAAAGUUUGGAAGCAUUGUCCUAUUUUUAUCAGUUUCUUUCGUAUAAACUUAAGGGUGCCAGCUAUGAUGGUGAGGAAAUUCCACAGAAUAGAAUAUAUGCCCAAUACCACAAAGAUUAUGCAGAGUCCAUGAAGAAAAUCACUAUUCAAGAACUGACUAAAGAAACCCCUAAAGUCAGAUUAGUUUUGGCAACUGUUGCACUGGGAAUGGGGCUUAAUGCUCCAAGUGUUUCACGUAUCAUUCAUUGCAGGCCCCCAACAACACUGGAGAAAUACCUACAAGAAAUCGGUCGUGCUGGACGUGUUGGACAACCGUCAGUGGCAAUUCUUUACUAAAACAAAAAUUAUAUUGCAAAAAACAGAAUCGGUAUGACGGUGGAAAUGAGAAAGUUUUGUGAAAGUGAAACAUGUUAUAGAAUUAUUCUUGUGAAUUACUUUGGAUUUGAAAGUGUUGUUUUUUCAGGACCAAAGGAACAUUGUUGCUCCAUUUGUGGCAGAAAAUGACUCGUCGUUACUGACUGUAUAUAUGAUUUCUCCUGUCAAGUGUAAUUUUAAGCAACUCGCUGCAUCUAGUGACAUACACAUCAUUCUUGUGGAUUCUGUUGCUAUAUAAAGUAGAUUCUUAAGACAAUUGUUCACAGGGAUUAUAUUUAAUGCCAGGUAUAGUGACACUCUCACUAUGUCAUGAUCACUUUUGCAGAGAUUAUUUCCUGUGAGAAACCAUUCAAUAACACUUUCACAAUAACACCAGUUUCAUUUGUUUGAUCUGAUGGAUAUAAACUGCCCGAUCACCAAUUGUUAGGAGAUCUGGAAUCACUGAAUUUUGUUUGUGGUCAAGAUACUUCAGUUAUUACACAUUUCAAUUUAAAUUCACUUUAGAUUCUUUUACUCUGUACAGUAGACAUACCAAACAAAUACCUGAAUAUCUUUUAUGGGCAGGAAACAUUGUUUA